CGCAGGCGGUUGCCAUGGAGAUGGGGGGCUGACGGCGUCGUGACGAGGGCAGUGAUUGGUGCAGAGUCCUGCUAAUCCUCGAAAGCCCCGCAGAGAAUUGAGGGAGACGUGAUGGGGGACAUGCGCGGUUAGGGAGAGGGUGCUGCCGCCCAUUGCCCCCUGAGAAGCUAGCGCGCGUCGACGGGCGCCUGGACGCCUGGACGCCUGGACGUGAGGACGGGAGCGCGGGAAGACGCGGCCCGGAGUGUGACCUGAGCGUUGCGAACGACACUGCCCCGGGAAGCAGCGGGGUUUGGGGGGAGGGCAAGGCGGCGCUCAGGCUGGUGCGUGGAGCAUUCUGGGAGACUUAGUCCGGCCAGGGAGGGGGAAUCGGCGAGUGCGCAUGCUCAGAAGCGCGGACCGGCCCGCUGAGCGCGGAGGUCUCAGGACUGAACAGCACAGCAUACAGUAGGCACUCAAUAAGCACUGCCACCACUGUCUGUCCUCAUCGCGGAAGCCUCAUCCCAUUCCUCCCCCAGGGGUGGACACUAGCCUCAGAGCCCCGGCCUGGUCUUUCCAAUGAGGCCCGCAGCACUGGGCUCCCCAGGCCACACACCCCCAGAAGAUGAGGGGCCUGUCAUGGUGAAGCUGGAGGACUCUGAGGAGGAGGGUGAAGGCGCCCCGUGGGAUCCUGGCCCCGAGGCCGCUCGACUGCGUUUCCGGCACUUCCACUAUGAGGAGGCAGUGGGUCCCAGAGAGGCCCUGGCCCGGCUACGGGAGCUGUGCCGCCAGUGGCUGCGGCCCGAGGUGCACUCCAAGGAGCAGAUGCUGGAGCUGCUGGUGCUGGAGCAGUUCCUGGGCGCGCUGCCGCCUGAGAUCCAGGCCCGCGUGCGGGGACAGCGGCCAAGCAGUCCUGAAGAGGCUGCUGCCCUGGUCGAGGGGCUGCGCCGGGAGCCAGGAGGGCCCCGGAGAUGGGUCACAGUCCAGGUGCAGGGCCAGGAGGUGCUAUCAGAGAAGAUGGAGCCCUCCGACUUCCAGCCUCUCCAUCAAACCAAGCCUCAGACUCCGGAACCUGGUCUUGAGAUGCCCCCUGGGGCCACACAGGAGUCGCCACUGGGCCUUCGGAUGAAAGAGGAGCCUGAGGUUACAGAGGACCCAGAGCUUCUGGAUUCUGGGCCUCUAGCCAACCCCCAGGAGGCCACUUCCACGCUCCUACCUGAGGAGGCCCAGGGCUGUGGGAUGUCGCUGGACCCGGCCUCUCCCCAUAGUGAGACUGGGCCUGAGGGCCCCCUGUGGAGGGAGCACCCUGGGGCCCUGUGGCAGGAGGAAGCUGGGAGCAUCUUCUCCCCAGGAUUUACACUCCAGAUGGACAGUGUUUCUGUUGGCCCGGGCACUGUGAGCCCCCACCUCCACAUCCCCUGGGACCUCGGCGUAGCCAGCCUCAGGGGCCGACUCGAAUCGCCCUCCCGCGAAGGUGGCUUCUCACAAGCGCUUGUGCUCCCUAGCGGCCCAGUAGCUGAGCAGGGCCUCACCAAUGACGCCUGCCAGGGCGUGGGCCCGGGGCUGGCCGCUGCUCGCUGGCGCGCCCCCAGGGGCCGGAGCCGGGGUCGGGGUCGCCCCAGCACAGGCGGUGGAGCCGUGCGAGGUGGCCGUUGCGACGUGUGCGGGAAGGUGUUCAGCCAACGCAGCAACCUGCUGAGGCACCAGAAGAUACACACGGGAGAGCGGCCGUUCGUGUGCGGCGAGUGCGGCCGCAGCUUCAGCCGGAGCUCGCACUUGCUGCGCCACCAGCUUACUCACACCGAGGAGCGGCCGUUCGUGUGUGGCGACUGCGGCCAGGGCUUCGUUCGCAGCGCGCGCCUGGAGGAGCACCGGCGCGUGCACACGGGCGAGCAGCCCUUCCACUGCUCCGAGUGCGGCCAGAGCUUCCGGCAGCGCUCCAACCUGCUGCAGCACCAACGCAUCCACGGCGACCCCCCAGGCCCCGGCGCGACACCUCCCGCGCCUCCAGGCGCACCUGAGCCCCCAGGCCCCUUCCCUUGCAGCGAGUGCCGUGAGAGCUUCGCUCGGCGUGCCGUGCUGCUGGAGCACCAGGCGGUGCACACUGGCAACAAGUCCUUCGGCUGCGUGGAGUGCGGCGAGCGCUUCGGCCGCCGUUCAGUGCUGCUGCAGCACCGGCGCGUACACAGCAGCGAGCGCCCCUUCGCCUGUGCCGAGUGCGGCCAGAGCUUCCGGCAGCGCUCCAACCUCACGCAGCACCGGCGCAUCCACACAGGCGAGCGGCCCUUCACCUGCGCCGAAUGCGGCAAGGCCUUCCGCCAGCGGCCCACGCUCACGCAGCACCUGCGCGUCCACACAGGCGAGAAGCCCUUCGCCUGCCCGGAGUGCGGCCAGCGCUUCAGCCAGCGUCUGAAGCUCACCCGCCACCAGCGGACGCACACAGGCGAGAAGCCCUACCACUGCAACGAGUGCGGCCUAGGCUUCACGCAGGUCUCCAGGCUCACCGAGCACCAGCGCAUCCAUACGGGCGAGCGGCCCUUCGCCUGCCCGGAGUGUGGCCAGAGCUUCCGGCAGCACGCCAAUCUCACACAACACCGGCGCAUCCACACGGGCGAGCGGCCCUACGCCUGCCCUGAGUGCGGCAAGGCCUUCCGCCAGAGGCCCACGCUUACACAGCACCUGCGCACCCACAGGCGCGAGAAGCCCUUCGCUUGCCAGGACUGUGGCCGCCGCUUCCACCAGAGCACCAAGCUCAUCCAGCACCAGCGUGUCCACAGCGCGGAGUAAAGCCAGUGCCGGCUGCACCCACUCUCUGCCUUCACCUUGGUCCUCUGUGCAGGAGCCUGGGUGCAGAAUACCUACCUCACAGGUUUGUUGUGAGGCCUGCGAUGGCAUGGGUACCAGCCCAUCCUCUUAGGGCCUGGCGACCAGUAGGUGCUCAAUAAACAGCACGCAGAA